UACAUGGUAAAAGAGAUUUCGCAAUCGGCUGCUCUCCAUGUUCCAAACAAAAACACUCCGAGCUCCGACACACGGAAUAAACUCCAACUUUCUGCGGGAACUUUGUCCACUUUGACGGAUGGUUGAGUCCUCCGCCGCCCACUGAAGGCUCCGUCCAUCGUCAGCGUGUUCUCCUGGACUUCGUGUCUCUGAUUCUCUACACCUGAGGAGACUCCGGUCAGAGAUCAGCACCUGCAGGCAGCACAUCCAAAUGAGCCGGCCGUCGCAGGCGAAACUAACCGCAGCUGACCACAACAGCGUGAGCGUCAUCCAGAGCCAGGCCCACGCCUCCUCGUCCUCCCUGCCGGCCGCCGUCGCCGGACUGCAGCAGGUCCCGCAGCUCGUCCCCGCCAGCCCUUCGACCGGAGGCGGUAAAGCCCUCCCCCCCAGCAAGAUGAAGAAGCCGCCCGCAGACAAGGACAGCGAGGAGUACCGCCAGCGCCGCGAGCGCAACAACCUGGCGGUGAAGAAGAGCCGCAUGCGCAGCAAGCAGAAGGCCAUGGACACGCAGCAGCGCGUCAACGAGCUGAAGGAGGAGAACGAGCGGCUGGAGGCCAAGAUCAAGCUGCUCAGCAAGGAACUGAGCGUGCUCAAAGACCUCUUCCUGGAGCACGCCCACAACCUGGCCGACAACGUGCAGCCGCCCGCCGGCGCCGAGGGCUCCAGCCCCGCCCCCAACAGCUCCUCCACCAAUGGGCAGUGAGGGGCGGAGCCUCGGAACGCCUCCACUGCUUCUCUUUGGUUUAUUGAUCAUUAAUCAAUCCAUCUGUUUCCCCCUUUAACCCGCCCUCCUCCACAAUCUGCCAGAACUUCCCACAGCCCACCUGGAGAACGUUCCCCUCCAGCCGUGGAAACUAAACGUCUACAACCCGUUUCUGACUUUUCAGAUUUAUUCAGUACAAAUUUUAACCAAAAGACUUUUAAAGCGAGCAGCAGCCGGUUUGUGUUGAUUGGUGGAAACAGCCGCGAGGUAUUGAUCCUCUGAUCGGUCGAUCAGGACGACGUGAACUCUGACAAACUGAGUCUUGGACAGGAUUCGGAUUAAAGCCGACCGGCUGCUGCAGGACGAACAUGUAAAUGCUUCAAAUUCCCUUUUCUAAGAUGUGUAUUUUCUUCUGUUCAACAGAGUUUUUAAGUACUUUCACUACGUGUUGAUGUUUAAAGGAUGAUUCUGUCUUUGUUCAGCUUCACACGCUGAGAUCAGAGUAAAGACAGAAUCGUCCUUUAUCAGGUGUUUUAUUAACGACGUGUUUGAGUUGCACACUUUUAAUAUUUGUGUCUGAACAGUCGAGUUUUUCCUGCCGACGUGUUAAACUUCCCCGUUGUCACAUCAGAGGCUGAAAGCUUCCAACUGAGUCCUGAAAUCAGCACAAAUAACUGAAGAACGUCAGUUGAUCAGCAUUGAACCAGUCUGCAGCCUGCACGAGAGGCGUUCAGGGACCAUCAGGAAACCGGAGCGUCUUCAAUAGUUUAUGUAGAGAUCAGAAAAAGACUGGCGACGAAAUUAAUCUGUUUGCCGAAGAAAAUAUUUCAGAUAGUAGCUGAAGUUGCUGUCGGUCUUCACAUCAGAGCAGAACUUCAGAACGCAAACAGAACGUUGGCGGUUCCAGUGAGACGCUGAGUGAUCGAAAUCAUGGAACUCUGAUUAUUGGUACAGGAACGUGUCGAUCGCUUUGAUGCUGCUGAAGCUGGUCUCAGUGAAACAGUACAAAACCAUUCACCUGCAGCCUCUGAUGUGACAGCAGCUCCAGGUUUAACCCUGUGAAGGUGGAACCCCCGGCCUCACCUGUCCAGGCCUCACCUGUCGGCGUCCAGACAGGUGUGUCUGUGUGUUUAGUGGGCGGGUCCAGACGCUGCAGACUGUGCAGGCAAGCCGCAGCUUUAAUUAAAUCCACUUUAACCCAGUUGGCUCGUUAGCCGUCUGCUAACGAGCUCAGAGCAGAUCGGGACAGGUACCCACGGAGGCCACGCCCACCACAGGCCACGCCCACCACAGGCCACGCCCACCUCCACUCAGACUCUAUAAUUACAGGAGCUUUGUGUGGGUGUGGAGCGUUUCUCCACAGGGUUCGUCUGUCAGGACUGAGCUGCUGCAGCACAACGUUCCCACAAUGUUCCCUCACCGUUCCCACAACGUUCUCCUGAUGUUCCUUCAGCUCUCCUCUCAGGAUUUUUUUUUUUUUUUUUUUUACCAAGAAAGAACCCCAAAGCUGCUGUUAAUCAGCCAGAAAGCAGAUGUUUGCUGAUGAGCAGAGCUCUGAUCUUUGACUUCAUCCUUCACAUGAAUCAAUUCAGUCGAUCAGCCAGAGGACCGUUUUCUGGAUCAAUCGAUCAGCUGUUUGUUUCUGAAGUGCCAGAAAAUAAUAAGGAUCAGUUUCCUCAGAUGUCCUGGUUGUCCAAAGAUCUUCAGUUUGGGGUCACAGAGGAACCGAACCAGAAAACGUUCACACACACAUUUGUAAGAAUUAAAAGCUACUGAGUGAUCGGACGAGUUGGAAAUGAACGAACAGCUGGCGCCUGGUGGGUUAAUCAUCAAACUGACAUUUCAGAGCUGCUGUUGGAGACGUUGUGGGAACGUUUCCUCUGUUUCACUUUUCUAUCGUUGGUUUUGUACUUUCCUCGCAGCAGCAGCAGCAUGUUAACAUGUUUGUAGGGAGGUUUGCAUGAGGGUCUGAACUUUACUGCACUCAGAGAAAAUCCAACCUUCUGGUCUUAACUGAAUCUGGAUGUGAUUGUCGUGAUGUUUGCUUUGGUCUGAAUGUUGCUGGGCAGCAUUUCUGUGUCACUCAGCUUUUUUAUAUCAGAACCGGGGCUCAUGUGCAUUCUAAAUUAAACUUGAGUAUAAAAGUU